GGAGCAAGGUCCAAACCAAAUCUUCGUCUUCCCCAGGCCCAACCCAAACCCGCAGGCAUGUUUGCUAAUUAUGCGAAAUAUGUGGACAUCAAAUCGGGUUCUCUUAAUUUUGCUGGUAAGGCUUCUGUGCAUUCCAAAGGUGUUGAUUUUUCGAAUGGCUCUUCUUUUAGAAUAUCACAUGACGAUUUACAGUUUCUGGAGGAACUGGGACGCGGAAACUAUGGAAUAGUAUCCAAAGUUUUGCAUAGACCUACUGGGAUUAUUAUGGCAAUGAAGGAAGUCCGGCUGGAGCUGGACGAUUCCAAGUUCAGACAAAUCUUAAUGGAACUGGAAGUGCUCCAUAGUUGUGUGAGUGAUUGCAUUGUGGACUUCUACGGCGCAUUUUUCAUUGAAGGUGCAGUUUAUAUGUGCAUGGAAUACAUGCAAGGCGGCUCACUUGACAAGAUAUAUGGAAAUGGGCUGAAUGAACCUGAGUUAGCUUAUGUUACCAAAUGCGUUGUCAAGGGGCUCAAGCAACUGAAAGAUGAUCACAACAUAAUCCACAGAGACGUCAAGCCGACAAACAUUUUGGUUGGGGACUCUGGGAAAGUGAAACUAUGUGAUUUUGGUGUUAGUGGUAAUUUAGUCGCUUCGUUGGCCAGGACCAAUAUUGGAUGCCAGUCGUAUAUGGCACCAGAACGAAUUAAAUCAUCAACACCAGACGACGCUACCUAUACAGUCCAAUCGGACAUUUGGUCAUUGGGAUUAUCAAUACUUGAGAUUGCAAAGGGCAGCUACCCUUAUCCACAAGAAACCUACGACAAUAUCUUUUCGCAACUGAGUGCAAUUGUUGAUGGCGAACCACCAACAUUGCCUGACGAUCGCUUUUCCAAAGAGGCACGUGAUUUCGUGAAUCUAUGCUUAAACAAGAAUCCAAAUAAACGUCCUGUCUAUGCUGAGCUUUUGUCGCAUCCAUGGCUAAACAAGUAUGAUGAU